AUGCCUAUUUCCACUCCUAAUCCCACCUACUACUUUGUGUCUAUCUUUGUCUAUGUUCUCCGAUCGCCGCAGCGCUGGGAGAAUCAUACUCGAUCCUGGCUUCCCAAGGAUAAACGUUUUGGUGGAUUAGCUACAGUACAUACGUACUGUAACGACUUGGCACGAAUAAGGACUGCUGGAGGAGACGAAAAUGAUGCAUCAGCAAUCCAUGAUGGUUGGAGAUAUGAUACCCGUUCAUUCUGA